AUGGAAGAAUUCCCUGUCAAGAAAGCCUACCGCUUCAUCGAACCUGGCCCUACGGACCGUGAUAUUGCUGGGGAGAGCGCGGACGAUGCUGCCCAACAUCCUCGGCCCAACAUCAUGACAUGUGGCUUCCACAUGGUCAUCCAGCAUGAGCCGCCGAUACUCGGCGUUUGCGUCGGACCAUGGGACGCGUCGUUUAAGACGCUCAAAUCGACGAAGGAAUGCGUCAUCGCCAUCCCUCCCGUCAAGCUCGCCGAGAAGGUUGUCGACAUUGGUAACUGCUCGGGUUCCGAUGUCGACAAGUUUUCGAAGUUUGGUUUCACCCCGCUCGAGGCGAAGAAGGUCAAAGCGCCGCUGAUAGCGGAAUGCAUGGCAAAUCUCGAAUGCAAGGUCCGGGAUGAGAGUAUGGUGAAGAAGUACAAUUUGUGGGUGUUAGACGUUGUCAAGGGAUGGAAGAAGAAAGACGAGGGAGUCGACGGUGACAGGAGCGACGAGAAGAUUUUCCACCACAGAGGGGACGGAACGUUCUCUGUGGAUGGUGAAAUCAUUGACCUGCAGGAAAGGAUGGUACUGUGGAAAGAAUUCCAGGAUUGA